AUGGACAACUACCUAGAGAACAUUAGACCCCCGGGCUACUACCUAGAGAACAUUAGACCCCCGGGCUACUACCUAGAGAACAUUAGACCCCCGGGCUACUACCUAGAGAACAUUAGACCCCCGGGCUACUACCUAGAGAACAUUAGACCCCCGGGCUACUACCUAGAGAACAUUAGACCCCCGGGCUACUACCUAGAGAACAAUAGACCCCCGGGCUACUACCUAGAGAACAUUAGACCCCCGGGCUACUACCUAGAGAACAUUAGACCCCCGGGCUACUACCUAGAGAACAUUAGACCCCCGGGCUACUACCUAGAGAACAUUAGACCCCCGGGCUACUACCUAGAGAACAUUAGACCCCCGGGCUACUCACCAAAUAGCACCCUGUUACCUCCCAGUAAGCUCCAGCUCUAUUGCCCCCCAGCCCAGUAUCCUCCAGCUCUAUCGCCCUCCAGCCCAUUAUCCUCCAGCUCUAUCCCCCUCCAGCCCAGUAACCUCCAGCUCUGUUGCCCUCCAGCCCAGUAUCCUCCAGUCUCUAUCGCCCUCCAGCCCAUUAUCCUCCAGCUCUAUCCCCCUCCAGCCCAGUAUCCUCCAGCUCUAUCCCCCUCCAGCCCAGUAUCCUCCAGCUCUAUCCCCCUCCAGCCCAGCAACCUCCAGCUCUAUCGCUCUCCAGCCCAAUAUCCUCCAGCUCUAUCCCCCUCCAGCCCAGUAACCUCCAGCUCUAUCGCCCUCCAGCCCAGUAACCUCCAGCUCUAUCCCCCUCCAGCCCAAUAA